AACAAAGAGAAGCUUACUUGAACCCCAGUUCAAGGAAAAGAUCAAAAAGCCAAUCACCAACCUCAUAUCGAUCUGUUGCAGAAAAGAGAGAGAGAGAUGGAUUGUGGGUGUAGUAAGAAUAAUAAGAAUGGCGGGGAUGGUGGUGAUCAUGGUGGUCAGAGAGGGCCUUGUGGGGCGUGCAAGUUCCUUCGACGAAAAUGCGUGAGGGGAUGCGUGUUUGCACCCUACUUCGACUCCGAUCAAGGCACGGCUCACUUCGCGGCAGUGCACAAGGUAUUCGGAGCCAGCAACGCCGCCAAGCUUCUGCUGCGAAUCCCUCCUCACCACCGUCUGGACGCCGUCAUCACUCUCUCCUACGAGGCUCUCUCUAGGGCUCGAGAUCCCGUCUAUGGCUGCGUCGCCCACAUCUUCGCCCUUCAACAACAGGUGAUGAACUUGCAGGCAGAGUUAGCUUAUGUGCAAGCUCGUCUUUCAACACUGCAGCGUCUGCCAGCGGCAGGGGUCGGAGCUCUACCCCAACUUCAAACC